AUGGCCCCAGCCACCCGUCCGCUCCUCUGUGCGGCUCUGCUGCUGCUGCUGCUGCUGGCCACCAGCCGCCAGGCUGCAGGAGCGGUUUUGGCCACUGAGCUGCGCUGUCAGUGCCCGAGGACCAUACAAAGGAUCGAUUUCAAGACCAUCCAGAGCUUGAAGGUGACGCCCCCAGGACCCCACUGCACCCAGACAGAAGUCAUAGCUAUUCUCAAGGAUGGUCAGGAAGUUUGCCUCGACCCUGAAGCCCCCUUGGUUCGGAAGAUCAUCCAAAAGAUACUGAACAAAGGCAAGGCUAACUGACCUUGGGAGAAUCAGAGUGUGGGCUGCUGUACCUGAAGGAGAAGAAUCAAAGAGAAGAAAACAAACAGCACUCAUGAAGCCUGGAUUGUUCCUGAUGUGUCUUCCUGUUUAAUUAUUUAUUUAUAUAUGUAUUUAUUUAUUUAUUUUUCAAUUCUCAGAUAAUGUAUAUUUGUUGUGAUAUUUAAAGAUAUCAGUGUGUCUGGCAAUUCACUGAGAUAUUUUAAAAGGUCAUUUUAAUGUGCUAAGUCAAAGUUAUUUUACUUACGUAGUUGGAAGGUGAUGGAUUUUUAAAUCUUUUCACUCAUUACUGUCUGAGGGAGUGAGUUAGGCGCCAGCUACAUCAUGCCUCUCCUAUGAUAGGCUGGGGACAAAUGGGGGGACACAGACAUGCAGUCAGAUCACUUUCAAGGUAGGAUUGUGCAUGUACACAUCAAUUUUGUAGGUAUUGAGAAGAAUAGAAUAGCUGUUAUUUAUUUUCCAGUUUUUUUUACACUAUGUGAGCAGUAUUUCUGAUGUUGACUUUUUAAUAACUGUAAUGUGAAUAUCUCUUGGACAUUUUAUGUCUUCUUUGUAAGGCACAGUGCCUUGGCUAGCAAUUAUUUUGUCAUGAUUUCUCGUGUCU